AUGGCAGAGGAGGAUGCAGUGAAUGUCACUAGCAAGAAGAAGGAGGCAUCGCGGAGACCUUGGAGACAGGCAGUGAUUGUGAAACUUCUGGGGAAGAAAGUUGGAGUUAGAUUCUUACUCAAUCGUUUACUGAGAAUGUGGAAUAUCUCAGGCACAUAUGAGUUCAUUGAUCUCGAGAAUGACUACUUUUUGUUCCGAUUUUCAAAUAAGAAUGAUUACUCUCAUGUUUUGGAGGAUGGUCCUUGGAUCAUAGCUGAUCAUUAUGUGGUAGUUCAACGGUGGCGUCCAUUUUUUAAUCCUUAUGAUGAUGAGAUCAGAAAGCUGGCAGUUUGGAUUCGUAUUCCAGGACUUCCUAUUGAAUUCUAUACCUCUCAUCAUUUGUGGAAUAUAGGUAGUAUUUUUGGUCGCACAUUGAAGAUUGAUAGGAACUCUAUCAGGAAACGUGAUUCUGGUGAAGGUGAUAUUACAGAGAGAGCAAAGUUUGCUAGAAUUUGUGUCGAAGUUGAUCUUAGGAAAGGCUUUUUGUCCAAAUUCUGGAUUGCUGAUCGUAUCUUCCAUGUUGGAUAUGAGGGUCUCCACUUAGUUUGUUUUGCUUGUGGAAAGUAUGGGCAUAGAAGGGAUCAGUGUUCCCAUAGUAAUCUUCAACAAGAUACUACGGCUUAUUCUCCUGAAGUUUCUAACUCGGUGGUGCAUAAGCAGCCGGAAAAAGAUUCUGUUCCUGCGAAGGAGGAACCGUUUGGGAAUUGGAUGCUAGUGCAGCCGUUACGUAAUAAGGCAGUUUCCAAUUAUCAUCCUAAUCACAGACAGGUCAUUCAAUCAGGUUCAAGAUUUCAAGCUAUUGCUGAGUUGGCUCAAAAGGAUAAUAAUAUCUUAAUUAUUUCUGAUUCUCCAGUGAUUGAUUCAAUCAACAUUGAAUCUGGUCUGACACGAAUUAAUCAUGGGGAAUUAAUUGCUCAUAAUGAAGAACCGUUGAUGAAAAAGGAUAUUCAAAUGGAAACAGUUUCUCCAUCUGCUAACCUAUCCGCGGGCAAGUCGAGAAAAGAGGUCCAAAGUCAAGGAGCAAAAUUCAAAGAGAACCAAAAGAAGAAAGCAACUGCAUCAUCUGCUAAAGUUCAUCAGCUGGUCCAGAAUGCUAAUAUUAGCAAAGGUAGAUUAAAUGCUUCAAAAGGUGCAGAAUCUCAAAAGAAUAAUUUUAAACUUGAUUCUCAGAAGAAUAUGUCGGAGGAUUUCCAAGAUAGACAAAUUGUCUUGCACCCUUCUAUAUCUAAAUUCCAGAGGAAGACGUCUCAUGUGGUUAAUGAUCAGCAAGAGACUCUUCCUUCUUCUAGUGGCUUGGAUAAUGGAGGUAAACAUGGAAGACCACCAGAUGCUCUUACAGGGGCUGGGAAAAGGAUUUUUCCGCCUCUAAUUCGGGAUCUUUCUCAUAGAUACAGUAUUAAAGUUAUGGCUUUGUUAGAAACUAGAUUGAGUGGUGUUAUGGCGGAUAGAGCUAUUCGGCGUCUUGGUUUUUCUGGUCACUUUCAUCGUGAUGCUGUUGGUUUUUCUGGCGGUAUUUGGGUGCUUUGGAACACUGAUGAAGUUUCAGUGGAUGUUCUUUUUUCUCAUCACCAACUUGUCCAUACUAAAAUUUGUUGGGUAAAAGAAAAUAGAGAGGAGUUCAUGACUUUUAUUUAUGCAAGUCCGCGAAGACAGGAACGUAUUCAGCUGUGGGAAAUUCUGUCUUCACUGUUUGAUCAGUCCAUGAGGAAUGCAACUUGGGGGAUAGCAGGUGAUUUUAACACUUAUUUGUAUGAGUAA